UUUUUUUUAGUUUUUCUUUCUCUUCCUUCAAUAUUCUCAUUCAUCAUGUCUAUCUCUUUACCUUAUCCUAUUCGUUUACCUUCUCUUUCCAAUGAACAAGUCACCAAAGUUGGCGUCAAGUCACCAGAAGAUGUGGUAGUUGUUUCUGCUGUCCGUACAGCUCUUGCCAAAGGUCGUAAGGGUGGAUUCAAAGAUACUUUGGGUGAUGAACUUUUGGCUGGUGUGUUGAAGGCUACUAUUGAUCGUACUGGUAUUGAUCCUUCUGUAGUGCAAGAUAUUGCUGUUGGUAAUGUGGCUGCCAAAGGUGGGUUUGCUACUCCUGCUCGUAUGGCUGCCUUGUAUGCUGGUUUUCCUGAAACCACCACUGUAUCUACUGUCAAUCGUCAGUGUUCUUCUGGUUUACAAGCAUGUGUCCAAAUCGCCUCUGCCAUUCAAGCGGGUCUUAUUGAUAUUGGUAUUGGUGCUGGUGUGGAAUCUAUGACAUCUGAUUAUUUCUCUCGUAAAGUCACUGUAUCUGAAAAACUUUGCAAGGAAUCUCAAGCUGCUGAAGAUUGUAAAAUUCCCAUGGGUCUUACAUCUGAAGCUGUUGCUAAGGAAUAUGGUUUAACUCGUGAAGAACAAGAUGCUUUCUCUGUUUUAUCUCAUCAAAAGGCUGCUGCUGCUCAAGCUGCUGGAUACUUCAAGGAUGAAAUUGUUCCUCUUACUGUGACUGUAUUGGACAAAGAUGGUAACAAUCCUAAGAAAGUGGUGGUUGAUCAAGAUGAAGGUAUCCGUGGUAAUUCUACAGUCGAAGGUCUUGGUAAACUCAAACCUGCUUUCACUCCCACUGGUUCCACCACUGCUGGAAAUGCGUCUCAAAUCUCUGAUGGUGCUGCUGCUGUUCUUUUGAUGAAGCGCAAGGUGGCUCAAAAAUUGAAUUUGCCUAUUCUUGGUAAAUAUAUUACUGCUGCCUCUGUUGGUGUUCCUCCUCGUGUCAUGGGUAUUGGUCCAGCCUACGCUAUCCCUGUUGCUGUGGAGCGUGCUGGUCUAAAGUUGGAAGAUGUAGAUAUCUAUGAGAUCAAUGAAGCUUUUGCCUCUCAAGCCCUCUAUACCGUUCGCGUUCUUGGUUUGGAUCAACAAAAAGUCAAUCCUAAAGGUGGUGCUAUUGCUAUUGGUCAUCCUCUUGGUUGUACUGGUGCUCGUCAAGUUGCUACUUUGUUCCCUGAAUUACAACGUCAAGGAAAGAAUAUUGGUGUUACCUCUAUGUGUAUUGGCUCUGGAAUGGGUAUGGCUGCUGUUUGGGAAAGGGAAUAGAAAGGAAAGAUGUAGUAGCUUUAGUAUUAUAAUCAAUACCCUUUAUCUCUUUAUAUAUUUUAUUGAUACUGCCGUUUAUCGUUCCCAUUUUUUAAUAUGAUCCUCGUCCAUUGUAGAUAUAUAUAUAUAUAUAACAAAUAAAUUCACAAAACUUUUGAUAUUUUUAUUUUA